UGCAGUAAUGCGUGUGCGUCUGGGGAAAAAACUGAAACGCGCAACAAUAACACAGGAACGGAGAAGUUGUGCGCGUGGCGCGUGAGCCGAGCCCCGGGGUUUAUGGAUCAUAACCGGGAGUCUGAUGUUUAUUUUCGUCUCUUUUGGGAGUUUUAACGGCAGGGGAAAAAGAUAAAUAAAUCCAGAAAUUCAGAGACAGCAAAUGCGUGCUCUUAUUAGCUGCAACUUUCCAUCCGCACACGUCGGUCCUGCGCGCGAGGCAUCUCAAGCCAUUUACUCACACUACUGAUUCAUUGAGGAUCCCAUCCUCAGGGUUUACAGAUGGAUUUCUCCAUAGACUAACAGAGUCGGCCAGUCUAACCACAAGAACAAACCCAAACAGCCCAAAAAGUGACCAUUUGGUUGCGUGACCAACCAGAGCAUGCCAAGUGGAGACGACUACAGGGAUGGAGAAGAGAACGGUUCUCCUGAUCGAGGCGGCCCAGUGGAGCAGGACGACAGGGUGGCGGAACCAACAGGCAAUGGUGGCGGAUCCGGCUCCAGAAUGGCGUCAGGAUCCGGGUCGGGUUCUGGAGAAGACGAGGAGAUGGACGAGCGACGAGAAAGUCAAGAGGAGAGUGGUGGAGAACGUUCCGGAGCAGAGCAAGGUCACGAUAGUGUAGAGGGAACACCACGGCAUUCGUCAUCAGCUGAUGGGAGUCCUGGGAGCACCAUGGGAUCAGGCAGCACCAAGAGCUCAAAGUCUGUGACCGGCUCUUCAUCUUGCAGCCUCCACAGCACAGCCUGUGGUCAGAGCAGACACCACGCAGACUGCAGUAGUGAGCAAGCGGAGCAGGGCCGAGACCACACCCACCAGGAAAUGAUGCACACUGUACAGGAGAUGAAGAAGAGGCUACCCUCGGAGAAGAGGAGCCGCAGCAAACCCAGCACUGUGGAGACUCUGAACUACGCCCUUAACUGUGUCAAACAAGUGCAAGCAAACAGCGAGUACUACAAGUUACUGAUGUGCAACGGCCUGGAGAAGAGAAAAGACGCUAAGGUGUGCAGCCUGGAGAGGCUGGAGGUCAUCACGUCCGAACACACACUCAAAAACACAGACACUUUUGUGGUGGUGUUCUCUCUAGCGACGGGCCGAGUUGUGUACGCGUCGGAGCAGGCCUCCAGUAUCCUUAACUGCAAGCGCAAGUUCCUUGACUCGGCCAAGUUCGUAGAGCUUCUGUUUCACCAAGAUGUCAACGUGUUUUACUCUCACACUGCACAGCCUCACCUGCCACCCUGGAACGUGGGGACGGACAGCACUGCAGUUCCUUUUGAAUGUGCCCAAGUCAAAUCCUUCUUCUGCAGAAUCAGAGGAGGGAAGGACCGCGAUGGCGAGAUGCGCUACAAUCCGUUCCGUAUCACACCUUACCUGCUGAAAGUGCAGGGCAUGGGCGGACAGGAGGAACACCCCUGCUGCCUGGCUCUGGCCGAACGCAUAAUCUCAGGAUACGAGGCUCCCAGGAUUCCCACAGACAAGCGCAUCUUCACUACAACACACUCUCCAGGGUGUGUGUUCCUAGAAGUAGAUGACCGUGCUGUGCCUUUGCUUGGCUACCUCCCUCAGGACCUGAUAGGCACAUCGGUGUUGACCUGCCUCCACCCUGAGGACCGCACCCUCAUGCUGGCCAUGCAUCAAAAAAUUCUGAAAUACGCAGGCCAGCCACCGUUUGAACAUUCCCCGAUCCGGUUCCGCUGUCAGAAUGGAGACUUUGUGACACUGGACACCAGCUGGUCCAGCUUUGUCAACCCCUGGAGCCGCAAGGUGGCCUUUAUCAUCGGCCGGCACAAAGUCCGCACAGGGCCUCUGAACGAGGAUGUGUUUGCUGCUCAGAGCAAAGCAGAGCUUCAUGUCAUGUCUGAAGAUGUCAAAGAAUUGCAGGCCAUGAUCUACAAGCUCUUCCUACAGCCGGUCCACACUAACGGCUCGAGCGGUUACGGCAGCCUGGGCAGUAACGGUUCUCAUGAGCACUACAUCAGCGUGGCUUCAUCCAGCGACAGUAAUGGGAACCUGUGGGAAGAUUCACACAAAGAGCCGGUUACCCUCCAGCAGAUAUGUGCUAAUGUUAAUAAAGUGAAGAGGGGCGGUCAGCAGGCGUAUCUGGACUCUCGGAGAAAAGUCACAACGGCGGGGAAAGUUAGCACAGAAACUCCAGCUCAUGAUGGUCAGCGAUUAGAGUUACAGCGUCUCCGAAGUUCCCUCGAGGACUCGCACAGGAAGCAGUCGCGCAUUCCAUCUUACCAACAGAUUAACUGUGUGGACAGCAUCAUUAGAUACUUGGAGAGCUGUAGCGGCCCUGCCCUGAAGCGGAAAAUCGAAUCCUUGUCCAUCGCUACUUCCUCGUCUUCUACCACAUCCGAGGAAGACAAGACCCCUGUGGCUCCACUGCAGGACAGAACUAAUGCUGAGGAAGCAGCCAUGGAAGCAAGUGCUGGUCAGGAGAGCCAGGUUUCAGCCGGAUCUGCGGUGACUGAUGCACACACAACAGCAGCAGUGGUCGGGGCUCCGCUCACUGACAUCACUCUGUCCACUAAAGCUAUGAGUGUGGUGUCAGUGACCAGCCAGUGUAGCUACAGCAGCACCAUUGUGCAUGUUCCCCAGCCUGAAUCUGAAGUGACCGCUCUAGAGGACGCACCAAUGGGAAGCGAACUGGCUGACCCGGCUCCUGCGCUGUCGCGGCCGGCCGCCAGCUCUUCCACCACGGCUCCCGAGGAGUUCCAAGUGGUGGGCCUCACAAAGGAGGUGCUGUCCGCACACACACAGAAAGAGGAGCAAGAAUAUGUGGACCGCUUCAGACAUCGCAUCCUGGAGAGCCCGUAUAGCUCCUACCUCCAACAGGACGACAGCAGCAUGGCGCACUCCAAUCACAGAGGUGAUUGUGCCAUGAGGCCCCUGAGCACAGGAGACUGGAACAGAUCCCACUCAGGCAAACCCAGACACAAGCGUGCAAAGCCUCAGGCCUCAUCCGACAGUGACGGCUCACGGCCCGCACACUUCCUGCCGAUAGCAUCGUCUGCGCCCAAUAACUCCUCAUCCGAAUCUUCCAACCCCAAACCCAACAUUUUCUCCCCCAUGCUGAUGCCCGUUCAGCCACCUUACUACCCCAUCCCACCUCAACCUGUUGCCAUGCAACCGCAUGGCGUUCCUAUGUUGGUACAGCCCGAACAGACGCAGCCGGUCAUGCAGGUCAUGAAUCCUUUCAUGUCCCCCGUCGUGGCUGUCAUCAUGCCCUAUCCUGCCAGUUACACCAUCUAUCCCCAGGCAGUACCAGGCAUGCCAGGUGUACCAGGUGUAAAUCCAACUGGAUUAGUGCCUCCUCCAGCUCCUCAUCCGUCCUUUAUAUCUCUGAUGGAAAAUCCACCUGCUCAGACUGGCCCUAGCUUAAUGCCCUCAGCUUCGGGGGCGUUGAUGUCUUCACCGAUCUCGUCCCCAUGGCCGGAAGAGGAUGUAGAUGGCGCUCAGCCCACAGCACUGUUUUCCAGUUCCAGGUCCAGCAGUCCACUACAGCUCAACCUGCUGCAGGAGGAACUGCCCAAACCAAACGCCCCGCAGAGCAACACUGGCCGAGCCGAAAGCCUGCACGAGCAGCAUGCCAAGGAGGACACUCCCAGCGAUUCAGGUAAUCAGGAUGCUCAGUCCACCUCCAGUGUGCUGCUGGACCUGCUGCUGCACGAGGACGCUCGCUCCGGAACUGGCUCCAAUGCCUCGGGUAGUGGAUCUGGAGAGUCCAGGGCUUCUCUAGGUUCGGGUUCAGGCCUGGGCUCCAACGGUACCUCCACCAGCCAUACAGGCAGCAGCAACAGCAGCAAGUACUUUGCCAGCAAUGACUCUUCAGACACGUCCCGUAAGGCCAGGAAGAUUCAGGACACACCAGAACGCUCCGGCUUCGACAAGCGUGUGGAGGACUCCCUGUGGACCAUGAUCCAGCACACACCAGAGCCGGUCAUGAUGACCUAUCAGAUCCAUCCCAGGGACCAGGCACAGGUUCUGAAGGAGGACCGUGAGAAGCUGCUCCUCCUGCAGCCCAUGCAGCCGUGGUUCACUCAGGAGCAGAAGGAAGAGCUGGCCGAGGUCCAUUGCUGGAUCCAGCAUCGCAGUGUACCAGAGGAGAUAAACACACAUGGAUGUAUGAGCUGUAACCCUACUACUUUGGAAGCCAGUGACCACAGUCUGCCCACUCCAGACAGCUCAACCGCUCAGGAUUGUCCUACAGAAGACGCCAGCCCUGUCUCCGACACCUGAAGCGAAGCUUCCCUUUGCACUUCAGGUUAAAAACCUUGCUCCCUUUUCACUGAACCGGACCAUCAUUACACCUCAACCCAUUCACGGUAAGGGGGGGCAGGAUAGAGGCGGAGUCUGUGUCGCGUUUGUGCCAUUAGAGGACGUGACGUGACGCGAGUCUCUUCAAGACCAAGAAACCACCACCACAAAUGACUGACCUUCGUUGGUUUUGAACGUUGGAACCACUCAACUGUGAAUCUUGUACGCUGUGUUAUCAAAAAAACUUUAAUUUAUAUCAGUAUUGAUUUAAUCUAUUAUUAUUAUUUUUGUAUGGUUAAAGCUCUUGUUUGGGUUUCACUGUGUUUUAUAUGAAGACCCUCAGACCCUGAUCGCUCAGUGUGUUGACUGACCUGUGUGUCUUUCGUGACGAACAAAAACGAGCACCUUGUCUCCUAAAAUAUAAUUGCACUGUAUAUCGAUGCUAUAAGCUGUGAUUAUAUAUAUAUAUUUUUCCUUUCUGUCUGGUGUCUCUAUUCCAAACAGUGGUAUGUAAUGUCCUGAGAGUUUUGCCCUUAAAAUGCACCAGACAUGCUUUGCUGCUGCUGCUGCUUUAAUUGGGAGAAUUUUUUUAUCUCAUUCUCAUCCGUAUCCCGCCUCGGUUCCUUUUGCACGGCUUUUUUCGGCUCUACUUUCUGUCAUCGUUAAGCCGCUGCCCCAUUUUUAUGCCCUCUAAGUUGUAAAGAUUUAAAUGAAGGAAUAAGCAAAUUCGUUCUCCCUGACAUGCACUCACACUGAGAAUCAGCACUGUUUUUAUAAAUAUAGCAUGAUAAAUAUAUUUCACAUAAUUUAACUCUAAUUUAAUCCCAAACUCAGGUCCUCUUUUUUACCCUCGAAAGAGUUAGUAAAGAAAUCGUCCAAAGCGACGCCCAAAUUCAUAUCGUCUCUCCCUGCUGAGAAGAGUAAGUAUUCAAAGGAGCUCUUGGUGAAAUGUUUAGUGCUUCGUAACAUAAUGAUCGAGUAAAUGUCAUGUACAGACAACACGUGACCUGCGUGAGAUUUGAAGCCAGCACUUUAACCGAUUGAUUCAAUUUAAUCCUUCGCUGCCGAUCAAUAAAUAUCCGGAAAAAUGUUCACAGAACCGUCACCUCGUCACAACCACGUUAAUGAUUGAACCUGGUCCUCAAAUCUCCCUCUCACUUAUUUAUUAACGUUAUGCCAAAAAGCUGUGUUUCCUCCGAAACGAUGCUCUCUAGUGACGUCUCCCCCUCCUUUUUUUGCGAGAAGUCGUGCUUAAUUAGGGUUGCCAUGAUUUGUUGUUCAUGCUGUAAUGCAGCCUUGGUGUUGAAAGUGUAAAAUCAGACAGGGGCGGGGUCAGCCCGGCGCUGUGAAGGACGAGCUGUCCAGCACAAAAUGAUGUUGUUUUUUUUUUGUUAUGGUCUUCUAUGGUGGACAGAAAAACAGGGUAUUUUGUACAGUUUUUAGACACAAUGUAUGUACAUAACAGGCUAUGUAUUUUGCAAAAAAAAAAAAGAAAA